ACGGACAACUACAUACCAUAUGGUAUAAAAGAACCUUGCAGUCCCAAGGUUGGAACAUAACAGGUACUGAUCGACGGUUCUAGAAGGGUUAGAUGCGUGGCAACAAUGCUCCAGCCAAGAGUUAUCAUAUUUCUUGCAGCCAUUUUAAUAACCGAGGUCUGUUCUGUCACAGAUUUUGAGAAUAAGGUUGAUGGAAUAUUAAAAAAGGUGUUUGCACAUCGUCCCCUGACUCCUGGGAUAUCGAUAGGGGUGAUCAAGGAUGGAAAAAUCCUCAUGGCCAAUGGAUACGGGGUGGCCGAUAUUGUCACCAGAAGACCAGUAACCAAUGAAACUUUGUUCGAGAUCGCCUCAAUGUCCAAAGCGUUCGGCGCAACUCUCUUGAUGAAGCAGAUCGGUCGAAGUGGGAACUUAUCCAUUCAUUCAAAAGUCAAGGAGUUACUUGGACCAACAUUCAGUUUUGCUGACGCAGAAAGGAAUCAGCUAGCAGAAGUCAACGACAUAUUGUCCCAACAACUGGGGAUACCUGGCCACAUCUACAUGAAACUUGACCUUAAUCUGACGAGAACCAAUCUGCUGACGAGGUUUAAAUAUCUAAAUGGAUCCAAACGUCUGCGAGAGAGUUUCCUUUAUAGUGGUAUGAACUACGGCCUCGCUAUGAUUAUCUCCGAGAAACUGGGAGGUAAAACAUGGGAAGAAUUAAUCAAACAGGAAAUAUUUGACCCUCUUGGUAUGACGUCAUCAACCGUCAUGUCCAUCAUUCCUGAUUUGAGCAAUGCAGCGAGGGGAUACGUUUACACGCCAAACUAUACGCUGAUCCCCGUCGAGUUCUCUUUAUCCCGACAAUGGGCAAUACUAGCCUCGGCCAGUGGUAUUGCCAGCAAUGCAGUGGAUAUGACCAAGUGGAUGAACUUCCACCUGAGCGGCGGACGGAACGCGAUGAACGUGAGUGUGAUGAGCCCCACCCUUGUGGACAUGCUGCACGCCCCCCGGGUCAAGCUUCCCCACAGCUCCACCUCUUGGCAGCCAGGAACGACUGACAGAAUGAUGGAGGACACGUACGCCUACGGAUGGAAAAACGGCCAUUAUCGAGGUUAUAAGCUAAUGAACCACGGAGGGACCUCCUGGGGCUACUCCUCCUUUAUCAGCCUGUACCCUGACCAGAACAUGGGUAUCUUCACCGCCCUGACCGGCAGGGAUCGAUACUACAUGUUCCAGACGGCCCUCCAUAACUUCUUGUUUGACCACGCCAACAACAUCACAUCCUGGUUCAACGAGUCCGUCCUCUAUACCUACCCCGACCCCUGGUACAAGAGGGAGACGUACCUCGGAGCCCAUGACGUAGAUAAAAGCAUUGCGCCAUCACGCUCGCUUUCGGAAUACACAGGGACGUACAUCAACCCGGCUUACGGGGAUCUGUUCGUGUUCAUGAAUGACAUGAACAACUUGGAGAUGACGUAUGGUAUGGGGUCCUGGAACCUGUAUCCCCGUCACGAGAGGGACCAGUUUUCUGGGGCCUCCUCUGGGGAUAUCUACCGAGUAAUCGAACUGAAUAGGAUCGAGUUUAUAACCGACCACAGAGGAACGAUAACUUCUGUUAAACAGCACAGCUUUGAUUGGGACGACCCGCCUGUGUUUGUGAAGACUUCUUAAUUUUUUGUUUAUGACCAUUAGCCUUUUUUUUUUAUAUGUACAUGUACAAAAAAAUUGAAUAACAUUUUUGUAUUUUGUUGUCGUUUCCCUCAUUGUGUAGUUUAUCAUACUAGUAUUAAUCUGGCAUUCAGAAGUUGGAGUUCUAAUUUAGUGAAUAGCGAAAAGCGAAUACAACUCCAACUUUUGAAUGCCUAAUUUCGAUUUAAGAGCAACAUUUUUAAAUAAUCUUAAAUAAUUGUUACGAAGAACUACCUUUUUCAACGUGCUUUACGCAUUCUGACUAGACUAAUUCUCGCUUUGUUUUUUGAAAUUAAUAAUAACUUUACUCUCGAGUUACUCGCAUCGUGUGAAGUUUUCGAGUUAUUCCGCCUUGCAUGUCAAGUCUGUAAGUGAAAUGAAAUGUGACCUCAUGGUUCACUUCUCAAAAGGUGCCAUCUUAGAUUUUCAAAUGCAAACGUCAAGGUUGGGUUCCUUUUAUUUGAGAUUGCUCAGAUCAUAUGGAUUUGAAGGCAAUUUAUAUAGUAAAGUGUUGUACGCAAAUUUAUUAAGUCAUGAGAUACACGUAAGCAGCAUGCAUUUGCAUGGUGCAUUUGACAUGUCUGUGAGUCCAAGUUGCUCCGUUUAUAUAUUGUAGUUGAUAAGUAAUGAAGUGCUAUGAUAUGUUAGAAAAUGAUAUAUUUAAUCUUUUUUUUUUUUUACUUUUAAGAUUUUUUUUAUCUUGAAUAUUGUUAUUCACAUUCUAUAUCAACAGAUAUUUAAUAAAGAAUAUCAACAUUACAAAAAUCA